CGCUACCAAAAAUAAGAUUUUAAAAUGAGCAUAAAUUGCAUAAAAUACUCUUUUUAAGGGUUCGGGCAGUGGAGACAUUUUUUGACCCAUGUCUGGGACUCAAUGGGAUAAUCCUCCUAAACAGCCUGUCGCUGGCCCAAACGUCGCAUUGACUGCCAAGGCAUAACAUGACGUUGGCUGUAGGUCCCACAGCACCGAAAAGCUGGUUUACUAGUAUUGUGAGUGCGUGCCAUCCCGGCUGGUGACCAACUUCAGACGACGCAGGCCAAGGGGCUCCCCAUGGUGAGUCUAGCGCUCCAAUCACAAUCAGAUCUUAUGCCGGUUCAAGUUGUCGAGACCGUCAGCGUGUGUCGGAUCCUGCAAUCCGAUUCCUUCGGCACCUUAGGGGGAACCCUCGUAUCAGUGGAUCUUAGAGGACUGCAAUUAUGAUCGCAGACAUGGAUAGGACGACACGAGUUGCCCUCGAGGCUCUAUAUAACAUGAGUCGAGAUACCACCUCUUCAACCUUUUCUUUCACCAUCACCAUCGGUUUGCGAAGUUGAUUCCUUUAGCCAUUCAUUAUUGUCUAUCUUUUUGCCAGUCAUUCUUUUCCACUCCCGGUGAGAACAGCUAUCUUGAUCGAUACAUUUUAACUACCGUUCGUAACAGAACUUGUUAUCUCUACCUUUCACUCGCUACGCUAUAUUGCAUCGACUAUCGCAACCAGCAAAAAUGGGUAUCGCAAGAAUCUCUCCCGUCGUCGCGGCCCUCGUGUCGGCUGCUACCGUCGCCGCUCACGGCCACGUCGAUCACAUCGUCGUUGACGGACUCUUCUACCAGGGUUACGACCCAACCAGCUUCCCUUACCAGCAGAACCCUCCCACCGUCGUCGGCUGGACUACCUCUCAGACCGACAAUGGUUUCGUCGAGCCCAACAGCUUCGGCAGUGCUGACAUCAUCUGCCACAAGUCAGCCACUCCGGCAGGAGGCCAUGCUCAGGUCAAGGCUGGCGACAGCAUCAGCAUCAGCUGGAACACUUGGCCGGAGUCGCACAAGGGUCCCAUGAUCGACUACCUGGCGGCCUGCGAUGGCUCCUGCGAGAGCGUCGCCAAGGAGUCCCUCGAAUUCUUCAAGAUCGACGAGGUUGGCCUUAUCGACGACUCGGUGCAGAACGGUUUCUGGGGCUCUGACGAGCUGAUCAAGAAUAACAACACAUGGCUCGUCCAGAUCCCUUCCAACAUUAAGCCUGGCAACUACGUCCUCCGUCACGAAACCAUUGCGCUUCACUCGGCAGGCCAAGCAAACGGCGCUCAGGCCUAUCCGCAAUGCUUCAACCUCGAGAUCACCGGUGAUGGCACCGAAGUACCUGCUGGUGUCUUGGGUACCGAGCUGUACUCUGCUACGGACCCCGGCAUCGUCGUCAACAUCUACACCACCGGUCUUACCUACACCAUCCCCGGCCCUGCUCUGAUUGCUGGCGCUUCCGCUUCCGUCCCUCAGUCCUCGUCUGCUAUCACCGCUACCGGAACCGCAACUGUCGGAAACGGUGGCGCCGCCAGCACUACCAGCGUCCCUGCCGCCACGACGACUGCUGCCCAGACCUCUGCGCAGACCACUGCCGCUCCCACCUCGAAGACAUCCACCGCGGUCGUCUCUACUCCCACGACCCUCGCCACGUCGACCCGCGUAGCAACUCUUACUACCCCCACCACCACCGCCGCCGCUACUGCCACCACCGCCCCGACCGGUGCCGUGGGCGCGCAAUCCCUGUACGGCCAGUGCGGCGGCAGCAACUACGCCGGCCCUACUGCUUGCGCCGAGGGUGCUUGCAAGUCUUAUAACCCGUUCUACUACCAGUGCGUCGCCACGGCUUAAGCUCGUGGGCUUAUGGGUUGGGUGGCUGGGACGAUGACGAGAGAACGUGUGUAUAGUAUAUGUAUACAUAAGCAGCUUGGUUCGGGUUGGACGGUUACAUUCUUGUAUUUACGAUUACGAUUUUUGAAUUCGAAUAUAUUUUGAAGUGCA